AUGGCGGCGGCACGCCAAUUAUUGUUCCAGCCGCUGCGGCAAGGACUCCAGGCUUGUGGAUCAGUCCGUAACUCUACAAUUUGGUUUCCUGAUUCCAAAUUUAUGAGGGAUUUUAACGUGAGUUUUAUUGUUUUAUUGUUUUUUUGUUUUAGGUACACUGGCGAAGGAAGUAUAGUGAUGAGAUUGGUUUUUGUUAUAAAUGUUUUUAAAAGAUGGCUAGGGACUUCAAAUUUUGUGAAAUUGUAGAUUGUUACUUUUGUCAACUUUUGUAAAAGAAAUGUGCUUGAAUUCUUAAAAAAUUUGAAGUUAUAUUAGUUUAAUUCAACGUAAACAUAACUGAAAAAUCUCGAAUUUUGAUGGCUCGCUUUUUCGUUUUCAAGCUAUAAUUUUGCUCUUACAUUACUUAUCUUUACAAAACCUUAGUAAAAAAUAUUUUUCAUGCUUUAAUUAUCUUAUAAUUCAGAGUUCAUAAAAAGUUUACCUAAACUUUGAAAUUUUAGACUUGUGGUGAGGCCGGUCCAGUUUCUUGGAAUUGGGGAGACACUCAACCUAACAGAGAUGUCGAACUUAAAAAAUACAUUGACUUGUACCGUCAGGAGUCCGUCUACACCGACAAUCUUGUUGGACCAUACAGAGAGAAGCAGUUUGAGAAUAUGAUUUUGAAUUUUGGUCCUCAACAUCCAGCUGCUCACGGUGUGUUGAGAUUGGUGCUUAAGUUGGAGGGUGAAGUAGGUUUUUGGUGGAGUUAAGAGGUAUUAUUAUUGAAAAUGAAGCAGUAAUUUAGGUUUUUAAAGCCUUAGGCGUUUUUUGUUUUUCUGUGUAAAUUUAUAUUGUUUUAGGUAAUUUUACAUCUAAAAUACAUAAAUUUAAAGUGUUUUGAUUUAUAAUUAUGAAAAAUUGAUUUUGCAAUCUACUCAUCUAAAGUUAUACCUAAAAUAUAGAAACCUUAUUUUAGGCUGUGAUCAAAGCCGUACCCCACAUUGGUCUCCUUCAUCGUGCCACCGAGAAGCUGAUUGAAUACAAAACCUAUACUCAAGCUCUUCCAUACUUUGAUCGUCUUGAUUAUGUGUCCAUGAUGAACAAUGAACAAACUUUUGCCUUGGCUAUUGAGAAGCUUUUGGGUAUUGAUAUUCCACCAAGAGCCAAGUACAUCAGAAGUAAGAUUUUUGAUUUUUUUGGUUUUUAGGUAAUAAUAUGGUAAAAUACGGCGUUUUAAAAAUAUAAAAUGGCAGUAACUUUUUUUACAACAGGCAAAAUGGCAAGAACUUUUUUUUGCAAAAGAAAAAAUGACGAAAACUUUCUUUACAAAACGAAAAAUGGCAAGAACUUUCUUUACAAAGCAAAAAAUGGCAAGAACUUUCUUUAAAAAAUGAAAAAAUCUGAUGUAUGAUUAAAAGAGGCAAAAACAUAUGAAAAUGGUAUUAUUUUAGCUCUGUUCGCCGAGUUGACUCGUAUCCAAAACCACAUUAUGGGUCUAACCACCCACGCCCUCGAUAUUGGUGCCAUGACCCCCUUCUUCUGGCUUUUCGAAGAACGUGAGAAGCUGUUCGAGUUCUCCGAGCGAGUAUGUGGUGCUCGAAUGCACGCCAACUACGUACGACCAGGUGGUGUGGCCUGGGAUCUGCCCUUAGGUCUUCUGGACGAUGUUUACGAUUGGGCGACGAAGUUUCCACAAAGAAUCGACGAGCUGGAGGACGUGUUAACCGAGAAUCGUAUUUGGAAGGCGAGAACGAUAGACAUUGGUCUGGUGAACGCGGACGACGCUGUCAACUGGGGCUUCUCCGGAGUCAUGUUGAGAGGAUCGGGUGUGAAGUGGGAUCUGAGAAAGACACAGCCAUACGAUGCCUACGAUCAGGUCGAGUUUGAUGUGCCAGUGGGAACUAAGGGCGAUUGUUAUGAUCGGUAAGGGUGGAUUUAAUUGAAGUUUGUUAUCAGUGGGUAAUGACGGAUUUUAGAGACGUUGAAGUAGAUGAAUCGAAUAUAUUGCUUUUUAAUGGGGUUUUUGAUACUUAUUUUGUAGAAAAAUGAAUUUUAAUAUAAUUUUUUAAUUAAAAACGAUUUUUAAGUUUGCUCAGUAAGGAUAUUGUUGUAGGUAUCUAUGUCGUGUGGAAGAAAUGCGCCAAUCUCUCAAUAUCAUCCUUCAAUGCCUGAACAAAAUGCCAGAAGGUGAAGUUAAGGUAGACGAUAAGAAGGUGGUUCCACCAAUGAGAGCUGAAAUGAAGGUGGGUUUUGGUUUUUGAAAUCUUAAAAAAGUUUGAAGGUUUGAUUUUUUGGGGGCUUUUAGGUAAUUUUUUAUAUUUUAGGGCGUUUUUAGGUAACAUAUUAAUGAGUAAUGGUGAAAAAGAGAAGACCCUAAAGGUGUUGAGAAAUCAUUUUAUAACAAUUUUCCAUUUCAGGACAGCAUGGAAAGUCUGAUCCACCACUUUAAAUUCUUCACGGAAGGCUUCCAAGUCCCACCAGGCGCCACCUACACGGCUACAGAAGCCCCUAAGGGCGAAUUCGGCGUCUACCUCGUAGCCGAUGGAACCUCUAAACCAUACCGAUGCUACAUCCGAGCUCCGGGCUUUGCUCAUCUCGCCAAGAUCCACGACGUCACCUACAUGAGUUUGAUUGCCGACGUGGUCGCAGUGAUUGGAACGAUGGAUAUUGUAUUCGGAGAGGUCGACCGUUAA